CCAAGUUGUAGAAAUGUGUUCAAAUAAUGGGAUAUGAAGUAUAUUAUAGUAUCAAGUAGACUAUUUUAAAUUGGAUUCUUUAGCUACUACAAUUCAUAUAAAUUUAUUACAAAUAUCAAAUUUUCUUUCAAACACCCUUAGAUAAAUUAUCGAGUUGAGAAAGCACAAAAAUGAAGAAUUUAGUAGUUAUCGUUGUUAUUGUUGGGAUAAUCUCGACUUUUAGUAAAGUGAGUCAUUGUUAUCGUUAUAGAAGUAGUUUGCAAAUAGGGCCUAUCAUAAUUGGUGGAGGGGGACAUUCUCGUUCACCACCACUUUCGCCACCACCUCCCCAUUCGACUCCUCCUAGUCCUACUUCUUCUAAGUUGAAGGUAGGAUUCUAUAAGGGGUUAUGCCCUAAUAAAAGUGUUGAUAUUGAGGCAAUUAUUAGCGUUAAAGUUGAGGAAGCAUUUGACAAGAAACCCUCUAUUCUUCCGGCCCUUCUUCGCAUGCAAUUUCAUGAUUGUUUUGUCCAUGGGUGUGAUGCAUCAAUAUUAAUAGACGGACUUUCAAGUGAGAAAACCGCAGGCCCAAAUCUUAGUGUGAGGGAAUAUGAGUUGAUCGAUGCUCUUAAAAAGGUUGCUGAAGCUCAAUGUCCAGGAGUUGUUUCUUGUGCAGAUAUUAUAGCUAUUGCCACUAAAGAAGUCAUUAAAAAGGGUAAAGGACUUGCAUAUCCUGUAGAAACUGGACGAAGAGAUGGACUCAUAGCAAGAGCCCAAGAUGUUAAUCUUCCAAGUCCUUUUGGUUCCGUCUCUGAAAGCAUUGCGGCUUUUGACAAAAAGAAUUUCACUAUUGAAGAAAUGAUCGUUCUUUUAGGUUGCCAUACAGUGGGAAUAUCACACUGUGUGUUCUUCGAAGAUCGGCUAUACGAAGGAAAAAGCCUAUUCGACCCAGAAAUGAACUCAACUCUUAAGGAAGAAUUAAAGCAAGUAUGCCCACAAAACAAGGGAUCAGAUAACUUCACUUUUCUUGAUCAAAAUCCAAUCAGCUCAAAUCUUGUUGAUAACUCUUUUUUUGAACAAAUUGUAAAAAAUAGAGGAAUCCUCCCCAUUGAUCAAGCACUUGCUCGAGACCCUCAAACUAAAGAUUUUGUUAAUCAGCUGGCACAAAAUCCUAAUUUAUUCCCUACUUUGUUGGUUGAUGCUAUGAUUAAGCUACAAGCACUUGAUGUUCUAACUGGUGAUCAAGGACAAAUUAGGAAUGUUUGUAGUAAAUUUAAUUGAUAUUUUUUAUAUCGCACUUUGCGGAAAUUAAUUAAUUCUUACUGUAAACGGUGAACGGGAUGAUGAUAACGAGUUGGUUAUACUGUUUUGUAGACCAAGUUAGGUGAGUGGGUUUGAAAAAUAUACUCGUAUGUUCCUUUGAUUUUACAACAGAUAGAUUUAUAAAUAUAUAGUGUAGUAAAAUCAAAACAAUAAGGAGAAUACAUACUAAUUUGUUACUCUCUAUGUUUGUAUUUAAGUAUUUUCAAGUUUUUUUAAAAAAAAAUUCUGAUUUAUGAAAGGAGUAACGUAGAGUUCAAGAUAAUGAGAAAAUAACAAUUUUAUUCUUAUU